AUGGCAGGGGAGGACCCCUGCGGCGGCGGCGUUGGCCCCGUCGACGCGUGCCCGCUCUGCGGCGGCGCCGGGCCCCCAUCGCGCGUCGCCCUCUCCAAGCGUGCCCCGCCCGCCGACGCCACGCUGGCGGUAUCCUCCGCCGCCUCCGUAGCAGCCGCGCCCGGCGGCGGCGGGGACGAGGCGUCCGCGCUCCGCGAGCAGCUGGCGCGGCACCGGCGCGGGGUCGCGGACCUGCAGGCGGAGCUGGAGGCCGAGCGCGGCGCCGCGGCUGGCGCCGCAGCCGAGGCCAUGUCCAUGAUCCUGCGCCUGCAGCGGGAGAAGUCGGAGGCCAUGAUGGAGGCCCGGCAGUACCGGCGCUACGCGGAGGAGCGGUUCGCGCACGACGCCGCCGAGGCCGCCGCGCUGCACGACGCGCUCGACCGCCGCGACGCCGCCGUCCGGUCCCUCACCGCCAGGCUCAGGGCGUGCCAGGCGCGCCUGCUCCACCUCGGCUUCCCUUCCCCGUCCCCGCCGUCGCUCCCUGCCUCCCCGACCGCGGCCUACCACCCCUGCCCCUGCUCCGACGGCUCCUCCGACGACGACGACGGCGACGGCUGCCGUUCCGUCCAGUGCCUCGACCACCCCGCGGCCGACGUGGGAACCCCGCGCACCCACCACCUGCUCAACAGAAUUCCCAGCCCGGACUCCGACAAGGCGGUCGUCAUGUUCGGCUCGCCGCGCCACCGCUGUUCCUCGCGCCACGCUCGCACGCUCUCCGGCGGCGGCGACGGCGGCGUCCCGUACGACUGCCGGAUCGCGUUGGCCGACGAGUUCCCUCUCUUCACGGACCGGGACGCGCCGGACCAGGACGACGAGGAGGCUGACCGGGUGUACACUGUCGACGCGGUGCAUGGCGUGCCCGUCAUGGCGCCCGAGGACUGCUGCUACUUUGGGACGACGACGAGGGAGGGCGAGGUGGGGGGCUGCGCUCGUGCUGGACCUGGGGGCUGGGCGGAGGACGACGAGAUACAGAAACUCAAGGCCAGGUUGCUCGCGUUGGAGGCUGAUCGGGAGUCCAUGCAGCAUGCCAUCAUGUCCAUGGGAGAUGAGAAGGCGCAGGUUGUUCUGCUCAGGGAGAUUGCUCAGCAACUCUGCAGGGACGCAGCGCCAUUCCCUGCUGUUCCGUUCAAGCAGGCACAGCCAAGGCUACAAUCAGUUGUGAUGGCACAGAGGAAGGUGGUGAAGAGGCAGUCAUCCUUCGCUAGGAUCUUCAUUGUGACAGUGAUCAAGUGGGUCAUGUCUAUCUUUUGCUGGCGAAGGAAAUCAAAUCGCAUAAGGUAUCCCAUCGGCCUGUGUGGGAGCAAUGUCGGAUUGAUGCUGGUACUGGAUAGGUUCCCCAAACAGAGACAAAAGAAGAUUCCUAAAAGGAAGUUAAGUGCCUCAACUCUCUGA